CGGGAUCUCCAGGGCGGACGGUCAGCACCAUUUUAGGGGCACGCGUCGGUUAAGUCUGUCUCCAGCGAUUUAGAAUUCUUUUACCAACGUCUGCUCAAUCAGGAAGCGAACACAUCGCAGAGUGUUCAAACAGACACGAUCAAGAGAAGCCACACGGCCUCCCGGGCUGACUAUUCAGCUGCUAAAGCUAACAACAGCUGAAAGGCUUUUCUUCGACCGACGCAACAUUCAUUGAAGCCUGAAAGCGAAGUCUGUCAAAAUGAGUGCACCCUCCUCUCAAAAAGUUGUCCUGAAAAGCACCACCAAAGUGUCCCUAAAUGAGCGCUUCACUAACAUGCUGAAGAACAAGCAGCCCACUGCGGUAAGCAUUCGAGCCACCAUGCAACAGCAGCAUUUGGCCAGUGCCCGCAAUCGCCGGCUGGCCCAGCAGAUGGAGAACCGUCCCUCAGUGCAAGCUGCUCUGAAUCACAAGCAGAGCCUGAAGCAGCGCCUAGGGAAGAGCAACAUCCAGGCCAGGCUGGGCCGACCUAUCGGGGCUCUAAUCCGUGGAGGAGCAGUUGGAGGUAGAGGGGGGAUGCGGGGAAUGCCCAGGGGAAACCUCCGAGGACGAGCGAGAGGAGGAGUAAUGAGAGGAGCCCUGUCCCUGAGAGGGAAGAGAGUGGCUACAGGUGUCCCCAUGAGAGGCCGUGGCUUUGCUGGCCGUCUGGCAAUGCGUAGAGGAGGCCGCCACCGUGGAGGACCUGUUGGCAGAGGAGGGGCCCUGUCACGAGGAGCAGCUCGAGGAGGAGUAACACUCAGAGGCCGUGGUGGACUACGUGGGCGUGGUGGUUUUGCUGGUAGAGGUGGUCGCGGAAGGGGGCGUGGCCGAGGUGUCGGCCGGCCAGCUGUGACCAGGGAACAACUGGACAACCAGCUGGACGCCUACAUGUCAAAGACCAAAGGUCACCUGGAUGCUGAACUGGAUGCCUACAUGGCUCAGGCGGACCCAGACAGUAUGGAGUGACCCUGAAGGACUCUGAACCUGAAGCACAUAUAGAGUUACGGCAGAUCUGUACAGCUGGACUCACAUACAGUGUAGUGUUGAUGUGGCGAGAAAUGAUUGUGAUCAUAAUUUAGAUGAGAGUGGUGAAAGUCCAGGACUUGGAGUAGGACAUCCAAGUUGUCAUCUGAGUGCACUGACCACCAGUCAAUUCUGCAUCAACCAGCUCCCUGCAAAAGUUUUCAUUCUGGAAUAACUGUGUGAAGGGACCUUUUUAAACAUUACAAACCCUGCUGUUUAUACACAUUUUUGUUAUCUUGUAAUAAUCUACAUGUCCUGAAACAGUUUUGUUAACUUUUUUUUUUAAAGCAGUUUUGAAUUACGUUUUUGUAUUCUUUAAAAAGCCUUUUGUUUUAAAUUUGAUUUUAUUGUAGGUGUGCUAAGACCUUUGGGGAUUCAUCGUUUGGCUGAUCUUGAUAUCUGCAAUGCAAAACUUUCCAAAAUAUGUUGUUGAAAAAGAAUGUAAGCAAAACGUCUUUAAGCCAAGUAUCCAUUUGUCUUUGUUUUGUAUUUGAAAGAUGUAGUACUUAGACGUCUUUAGUUCUGCUGAAUCUUCCACUUGUCUGCAUUCUCUAUUGGAGUGUUGGCAUUUUGAACUUGUACUUGAGAACAUUUGUAUGACGUAACCCAAAGCAAGUAAAAUGAUGUUUUAAUGAAAGUUGAA